GCCGGCGCUUCCCGCCUGCCCUCCGCACCGCCCGGUGCGCCCCGGGAUUCCCCCCGCUCCCUCAGGCUUGCCCGAUACCGACGCUUUUCCCUCAGGUUUUCCUUCGCCCGCUCCUCCUUGGGCUUGUCCCGGCUCCCCGGAGUUCCCUCAGGCUUUCCCGCCCGCAGCCUCCCCGCAGGUUUCCUCCCCCCGGCCUGCCCUAGUUCCCCCUCAGGCUUGUCCCGAGUGUCCCCCCUUUUCCCUUCAUCCCUCCCAAGCUUUCCUCCUCCUUAGUCCCCUCUUGCCUCCCAGCCCCUUGUGGCCCCUCUGGCCCUUAUGCCAAGUUGCAGGGGGGUCCUUCCCCUCGCUGCCCCCAGCAAGCGGUGAGUGCUGCACCCCACUGACGGCUGCAGGCCCUGGGGUUAGGCUCGCCCCAGCCUUCCCACAGCCCUACCCAGCCCCCCAUGCACCCCAAGUGAGCGCGUGUGGGGUCGAGCUGAACCUUGAAAAAUGGCCUCGGAGGCAGUGAAGGUGAUCGUGCGCUGCCGGCCCAUGAACGAGCGGGAGAAGGCUCUUGGCUGCAAGGUGGUCGUCAACACGGAGAGCGCACGGGGCCAGUGCUUCCUCCAAAACCCCGCUGCCACCGGGGAGCCCCCGAAGCAGUUCACCUUCGACGGGGCGUACUACCAGGAGCACAACACAGAGCAGAUCUACAAUGAGAUCGCCUACCCGCUCGUGGAGGGUGUCACUGAAGGCUACAAUGGCACCAUAUUUGCCUACGGCCAGACGGGCAGUGGGAAGUCAUUCACCAUGCAGGGAGUUGUGGAUCCUCCUACACAGAAAGGCAUCAUACCCAGGGCAUUUGAACACAUUUUUGAGAGUGUACAGUGUGCUGAAAAUGCCAAGUUCUUGGUAAGGGCUUCCUACCUGGAGAUUUACAAUGAAGACAUACGAGACCUUCUAGGAGCUGAUACCAAGCAGAAGUUGGAGCUGAAGGAGCACCCAGAGAAGGGGGUGUACGUGAAGGGGCUCUCUCUGCACACCGUGCAUAGCGUGGUCCAGUGCGAGCAGAUCAUGGAGACAGGCUGGAGAAACCGAGCGGUGGGUUACACCCUCAUGAACAAGGACUCUUCCCGCUCCCACUCCAUCUUUACUGUCAACAUGGAAAUCUACACCGUAGAUGAGCGAGGGCAGGACCACCUUAGGGCUGCAAAACUCCAUUUAGUGGAUCUGGCAGGAAGUGAGAGACAGUCAAAAACAGGAGCCACAGGGGAGCGGCUCAAAGAGGCCAUCAAAAUCAACCUCUCCCUCUCAGCUCUGGGCAACGUCAUCUCAGCACUGGUCGAUGGCAGGUGUAAGCACAUCCCCUACCGAGACUCAAAGCUGACCAGGCUGCUGCAAGACUCCCUUGGAGGGAAUACCAAGACGCUGAUGGUAGCAUGCUUAUCUCCAGCUGAUAAUAACUAUGAUGAAAGUCUCAGUACUUUGCGCUAUGCUAAUCGAGCGAAAAACAUCAGGAACAAGCCCUGUAUCAACGAGGACCCCAAGGAUGCUCUGCUGAGGGAGUAUCAGGAGGAGAUUAAGAAGCUGAAGGCCAUUCUAGCUGAACAGAUGGGCGCAAAUAACUUGUCAGGGCUUCUGCCUGCUGAGACUGCUCACCUGGCAGUGAAGCCAGCUCCCCUUCUCAAACCCCAGUUAGAUCUUGAAGCAGAGAAGCAGCUGAUCAGAGAAGAGUAUGAAGAGAAGCUGGCCCAACUAAAGGCCAGCUACGAAGCGGAGCAGGCAUCCCGUGUCCGCCUCGAAGAGGACAUCAGUAGCCUGAGGAAUCACUAUGAUCUCAAGCUGUCUGCUCUCGAGGAGAACCUCAGGAAGGAAGCAGCUGCCAUGAGGACUGAAACUGCUCCUGGUGAGACACCUUUGCCUGAAGACUCUGUCGCUGCAGCAGAUGAAGAACCAACAUCAGCCCAGGACCCAGCAGCACCUCGGGCUGUGCAAGAGGGUGGUGGUGUGAGCAGGGGGAGUGCUGGAACAGCAGUGGCUGUCACUGCCGAGGGGACUUCACUGCCCGCAGACCAGCAGCAGGUACUCACCAGGCUGCAGAUGCUAGAGCAACAGGUGGUUGGAGGGGAACAGGCUAAAAACAAGGACCUCAAAGAAAAGCAUAAACGCCGGAAAAAAUAUGCAGAUGAGCGGAGGAUGCAGCUGGUGGCCGCGCUGCAGCAAUCUAACGAGGACAGCAGUGAUUGGGUUCUGCUUAACGUCUACGACUCCAUCCAGGAGGAGGUUCGAGCCAAGAGCAAGCUUCUGGAGAAGAUGCAGAAGAAGCUGCGGGCUGCCGAGACCGAGAUCAGAGAUCUGCAGUCGGAGUUUGAGCUGGAAAAGAUCGAUUACCUUGGCACCAUCCGUCGCCUGGAGCGAGAGCUGAUGCUCUUCCAGCAGCUGCUGGAUCAGGUGCAGUCCCUCAUCCGCCGUGACUGUAACUACAGUAAUCUGGAGAAGAUCAAGCGCGAAUCUGUCUGGGAUGAGGAAACUGGCUGCUGGAAAAUUCCAGAGCCAGUCAUUCAAAAAACCUGCCUGCCUGCAGCAGUUCCAGCCCUGCCACAGCCCAAAACUCUGCAAAAGAGUCCGACAGCCGACAGCCGACAGCUAACGCCCGAGGAAGACCGCUACAGGCUGGUGCUGAACAGGAGCGACAGCGAGACCAUCGCCAGCAACUACUUCCAACCCAGGCGGACCAGCCGCAUCCUCCACCCCGACCCAACCAAGAACCGAGCUCCCCUGGGGCCAGGCAGCGGCUCCGCCAUGCCCCGGCCCUUCCGCCUCCAGGCCCUUGCCUUGCUCCCGCCAGCUGCCCCCACCACCAAGCGCAAAAAGGGCAAAGCCGAGUCCAAAAGCCCCUUCCUCUGACCCCGCCGCUGCUGAGGUGUCCGGCAACGCAGGAAGACGCCGAAUCUCUGUGGCUUUGCACCAAACCGCCCUCACUCUGCACUGGAGUGUGGGACAGAGGGUGAGCUCGCUGUCACUAUGUUCGCUUGCGCCUUGUACCCCCGCUGCAAUAAACUAGUCAGACACCGCCA